AUGGUUGUUUUAAGGGAUGACGUGGCAGUUAGAGGGUCGGGUCGUACUCCUCCCUGUUGGAUCAUAAAAAAAUCUUAUGGCCGUCGAAUUUUUCGCUUUCUUUCUGUUUUUGGGUUUUUUGGCAGAGGAAGAGAGAAGAGAGAGAAAAGCAGAGAGAAAGAGAGUAUGGAGGUGGUGGAAGAAGAAAAUAACAAGAGAAGAAGGAAGUGGAUGAGUGGCUCUUCUUCCUCAUCAUCUUAUCAUUCAUCAGUUCCUGUAAAUAGUCUUGAUGAUGGCUGUCUUAUGCACAUCUUCAGCUUCCUCUCUCCUAUCCCUGAUCGCUAUAACACCGCCCUCGUUUGCCACAGAUGGCGGUUCUUGGCAUGUCACCCUCGACUGUGGCUGAGAGUAGAUCGAUCAGUCAAAGAUCUGUCUGAGCCUGGAGUUUUCCCUGACAUUGAGGCAGCCGUUGCUGCUGCAAGGCCUGGCGACACCAUUCUAAUUGCAGCAGGCGGAAGGCAUUGUGCCUCUAAUAUUCGAAUAAAUAAACCACUUUGCCUGGUUGGUGGAGGUGAGCUUCCAGAUGAGACGAUGCUCUUGUGUUCUCGAGGUUCAGACAGUGCAUUCGAGUUCUUGUCAACCUGCAAACUGGCAAACUUAACUGUGAAGGCAGAACUUGGAUGUUGCUUGCUUCACAGAAGUGGAAGGCUUACCAUUGAUAGUUGCGUACUUCAGUGUGAGUCAAAUCCCUUGGACCAUCUGUCAUGCCCUAUUGUGAGCACUGCCAGUGCUCAGGUGUUUUCUUCCUCAGUGAAGUGUCACAGUGAUGGUGUUUCUGUUUCUCGAACUCGAAUUGAAGGAGGUGCCAAGGCUGUUUUGACAAGUGGGGAUCUGGCUUUGCAACGGGUUCGAGUCAUUUAUGCUCGGACUUCUCUCUUUUUCUGGUUUGAUGUGGAGCAUCAGUGAUUCAUUGUUUUUCUAUGCAAGGCAUCUGUAACAUUAUGCACUAGUAGUGAGAUCUUGUGAAUUAAAGUUUUAUAUUUAUCAUUUUCAUUUUA